AUGAAAGAACACGCGAAAGUGCCGCCGAAAUUGGAAAAAAUCGAAAAAACGUUCGAAGACGCCGCUUUUGAGAUGUUGUCGACCGUCAGUCCGAUCAAGCUGCCGCGCGAGGACAUUCCGUUCGAGUCGGUCCGCGAAAUUGUGCUCAACGAGGUAAAUUUGCGAAAACGAUUUUUUCUCGAGACUUCUUCGUUUCGCAAUGUGAUGUUCAACAACCGGCACGUUCGUAAAAAGUAAAAUCGAAGAGCUUUGAAACACCCUUAGUUGAGAAACAUUUGGUUGCACUCCGUCCACAGUUGCGAAACGUAAUAAAUGCCAAAAUUGCUUGAGUAGCAAAACGUAACGGUUGUCGCACAUCACGUUGCGAAACGAUGAGGUCUCUCUUUUUUUUCUGUAAGUCUCCUAUAAAAAUAUCGAUUUUCCAGAUACUCAGAAGUAAAAAACAAAAGCAGGGAAACAGAAAAAGUGAGUUUUUCGUUCCAUUUAAAUGCAUUUCCACUUUCGCUCUCUCUCUCUUUUCUCUUACCGAAGAAAUAAGUUACACUAAAUUCGCUCGUUCUCUUUACUUUCUCACUCGUUUCAUUUGCGCAUUUGUAUGCAAUAAACUGCUUUCCAUAUCAAUAUUGUACAAAUGUCCGUUCGUCGUAAUCAAUGCAAAUACAUUGACGAUAUAUAUUUGCUCGCGACUAUUAUUUUUCGUACUCUUGUAACACACUUCGGGACUUUCGUUCAAUCGAUAAUACACUUCUAAUGAUGUCGAGUGCAAAAAUCGACAUAAAAAUUAGAUUGUGUGUCAAAAUUGGUUUUAUACAACCUGGUUUUGUUCAAUUUUCAUGUUUUCUGCUUCAGCGACUUUUCAAUCAAUCAAUAAUUAUUACCGCUUUUUGAAACAUGGCAGUGCUGCACUUUAAAGUAAAAGUUCAUCUUGUAAGUAGCAUUCUUCCCUCCCUUAUAAUCGUUGCACUUUUAAAACGUGUCAAUGUUCAAAAGUUGUAACGACACUCUGCAAUUCACGAGCGCCCUGGGAAGACGGUGCAUUGAAAGUCAUUUUGACAGAAAAAUCGAUAAUCAAGCAAAACAGUUGCGAAAAUUCGAAAAUUGUCCUUCUCCAUCUCCAUCGUUUCUUUCUGUUUGUCCUCUAGUUCACCUGUGAUACUAUACGGGGUGGUUGUGUUGGCAGAGAAGAGAAAGAAGAAGGAGAGGGUGUCGUGUUUGAAUUGGUUCCCUCUCUUGUUGACUUUCUCUCUCUCUCUCUCUCUCUCUCUCGGUUAUGGUUUGCGAUUUUUCCGUCUACUAUCGUCAUUCGGAGGAAAAGAGAGAAGAAGAAGAAGAAGAAGACAGGUUCGCACUUCUUCUUCUUCUUUCUCUUUUCACCCCCUCGAUGUCGAUGUGUACGCGUUAUUCUUAUACUUUUAAUCGAAAGAUCUGAUAUCAACACAAAAAAGAGAGACUUGACGUACUAAGCAAGUUCUUCGGAGAUGAGAAGCGAGAAGGUGAGGUCGAUUUUCAAAUCUUGACACUUUUUGUCAAAAUUGGCGAUGCAAACGCGCUCCGCCGCACUCUGCACAUAUUUCGAUGGCGAACUUUGUUCGCAGCCCUGAUGGGAACAGAAUUUGAAACUUAUGUCCAUUUUUCGAAAAGAAAAAAAUUGCCAGCCCGUGGUCGUCGAUUUUUCUAGUCCCCAUUGGCCACCGUUCUCCGUGUUGGCACACCGCCAACCUCCGCCCCGCCGUCGCCUUCGACAAUAUUCCAUCUCUGACUUCUCUGUUCGCUCUCUCGCCCGCCCGCGCGCUUAUCAGUCGCCAAUCACUCCCAUUUUUGGGCCGUCUUCUCUUUUUUUUCCAUCUCUUCGAUACGCGCAUUUUCGACGCCCAACGAAACGAAACCAAUUUUCUUCUCUCCUCAAUUUUUCUAUCGUAACAAAAAAUUUGAAGCAAAAUGAACCGGUUUUGGGCGCGAAUCAUCCGGAAAACAAAUCGAUAAAAAGUCGUUGCAGACAUGGACGAGCUUCUCGACGAAAUGCCGUCCUCGUCGAGCUCGUCGAGCCACGUGGCAGCCGACGGCGACGCGUCGACGCUUCUGGAGAGGGGCACGAUGACCGACGAGGUCGAGACGACGCCGAGGCCCAUCGCCGCCCAGCUUUAUGGUAGGCAACAUCAGUUUUUUUUUUCAGCUUUUUCAGGGCAAAGGCUUUUCGAAUCUUUUUGAGGCCCACUUGCAAUGAUCCGAUCGGGCCCAAACUUUGCACGCUUCUUUGACUUGGAUGGAAGUAUGUUGGGUCCGAGCUUCAGAUCGAUCGGAUUAUCCGGUCACGAGAUAUACUGGUUUGAGGCCGGAAAGGCCGCAAGUUUCGCGAAACUCAUUGCCUUUCGGCCAAUAAUCCACAUAUCUCGGGACCGAAUGAUCCGAUCGAUCUGAAACUCGGACCCAAUAUACUUCAGCCCAAGUCCAAAAAGCCUGCAAAGUUUGGGCUCGAUCCAAUUAUUGCAAGUGGGUCAAAAGUCUGCGCCGAAAUUUGCCCGGUCCCGCUUUUCUCUGAAAAAGUUGUAGACAAUUUUUAAUGUGUCUCCAGGCGGUCACACGCGUUCCUCUUCAACUUGCUCCUCCUCAACACCACAAGAAUCGUCGGAAACGAAGAAAAAGCCGCUGAAUUAUCGCGAGAAGCGACUUGCGGAAAUUCGACAAAAUCGCCUCAAAAAGUAUCGGGAAAGUGCGGAGGUCGUCGAAUUCAGUGCGUCGUUUUCCAGUGAAAAAUGUACCGUUUUCCAAUUUUUUCUUCCAUUUCAGAAUGCGAAGAGAGCGGUUUGGCUGAAAUAUUCUGCAAAUUCUACGCGGAGCUGAUCGACGAAGAGCCCGCCGGCGCCGCUACAAUCUACUUUCGGCUCGUCGAAUCGCUCGACGUCUAUUUUCGUGCCAAGACCUGGGAAAGCAAUUGUCCGGUUAGUUUUUAUAAUGACUGUCUCCAAAAAAAUCGAUAAUUCAUGUUGCAGAAGCUUCUCUGCGAGUUCCUCGCCGAGCACAUCAUCAAAACGUGUCAGCAACUCAACGAAUAUCAUGAAUCGAGAAAUUCGAGUGAUGAGCGGCGGGCGAAAGAGUGCCAAGUACAGGUAAACAAUUUUGAGUGUCAAAACCGUUCCAUCAAUCUCUUCUUCUUCUUCGUCUUCUUCUUCUCUCUCCCUCCCUCGCGAUUACAGUUUUCCCUUUCAUUUCGGCCGUCGAGAAAGAAGAAGAAGAAGAAGAAGAAAUUGUUCUUGGCGCGGUGCCAAGUGUGUAAAAUGAUGAUAACAGGGGGGUGUUGAUCGAAGAAGCGAUAAGAGACUCGCAUUCAGUCGACGUUUUCCUCAUUUUUAACGCAAUUUCUCCACAGUUCCCCAACACAUUUGCUGUAUUUUGCAGGUCCUGCUCACGUUGCACGUGUACGUCGUGACCGAAGAGAGACGAUAUUUGGAUGAGGCAAUCCACAAAUUGCGCAUGAUCUACAUUUCGGUCGGCGCCGAACGCCUCCGCAAUUUCGUCGAGGAGUCCGUGACUGACGUGUCAGUUUUUUGGCAUCUUUUCCCGAAAUUCUCCAACAAUUCACGCGGAUAUCGAUUUUCCGCCCACUUUGAACUGCUUCUCAAAAAUGUGUUACUGUUCUAGCGCACGACAUCUUCAAAUUGUAAAACAGUUGUUUUGUUUGCAGUUACUGGGAGCUGAUCGGCGACGGUCUCGCGACGAUCUACGACGAGCUGUGCAUCUCGCUGCCGGCGGACCUUCAACAAUACGACAACGGACUGUUCAAGAUGACGGAAGCGGACGAGUCGAACCUGAUUGUGAAGCGACGGAACGGCGCGGCGAAUCGGCUCGAGCAGAUGCUCCUCGAGACGUCGUCCGAGUACGGCGUCGGCGGCCGGAUUCCGGCGGUCGUCGCACUUGCCAUGGAGGCGCCGAUUGUGCGGAGGAGUCUCAAGAGGCGACAGCAGGAGACACCCCAAGGUACACUUUUUAAAGAUUUCCAUUUUUUUUACGUCUACACCAUGAGCUGAUUCUGGUUUAUUGAUUGAGUGUACGCCGAGGCGAAAACGUGAAAAGUGUGGAAAACUGGUGCAAACUUGACCGAAUUUUGUUUGCGCUGAAAGUCGCAUGCCUGUCAACUUGGCCUCGGAUCCGAUUGAGUUUUCUCGGCCACGUUUGCCAAAAAUGCUAUUAUAUCAUGUGUCACCUGAUUGUUGAAAUUGGAAUUGGAUUGAAGUAUGGUGAGGCCAAGUUUCAGACCGAUCCGAUUAUCUAGCCCCGAGAUAUACUGGUUUGCCUGAUCUCGACAAUAUUUCGGGAGCAGAUAGUCGGAUCAGUGUGGCCCCACCAUACUUCAAGCCAAGAUCCGCGCCGGUUGAGCCGAUUGUGUAAAGUGAAACUCUUGGCAAACAGCCAACUCUCUCUCUCUUUGCUUUCUGACCACCGUGGUGAGGGGGGGGAACAAGUCUAUCAAUUUUUCGGUCCGUUUCCUCACUCUCGCUCCUCUCUUUCUCUCUCUCUCUCUUUGCCGUUUUCUAUUUGUUGCUCCGCGGAGCACACACACACGCACACACACGCACGCACACAGACAUCAUUUGCCCACACGAAAAAGAGAAAUAGAGCAUCAUCGCGUCGAUUCUCUUCUUUUUUUUUUCGGUUCCCUGAAAAAUCCAUGGUUUUGUAGCUUGUGUUGAGUUUGCCGAAAUGUUCACAUUUGGCGCCCAUUUUUUCCGCUGAAAAUUGAAGAAAAUUCAGUAAUUUCAGAAGUGCUCUCUCCACAACGCGCCACUCGUUCUUCCUCCUCGGCGGACUACAAACACUUUUUUGUGGAGGACACUCCGGAUGAGAAGUAUCAAAAAAGAGCGACGAAAAAGGAGAGAAAGAGGAAGAGAGGAGGAGAAGACGACGACGGAAUAGAAGAAGAAGAAGAAGAAGAAGGAGAAGAAGAAGGAGAAGGAGAAGAAGAAGCGGGCGAACAGACGAUCGGCGAACAGAUUGAGGAGGAGGUGAAGCAGACGCCGAUGGCCAAACUGCGACAGGCCGCACAGAAACAGGGAAAUAGGUGGGUAGCCGUUUGAUUUGGAUUUUUUGCAAUUUUUUUUGCAAUUGUUCAGAUGCUCCAAACGAUUGUCGGAUUUGGUGAAACUCAGCGAAGAACGAGCACAAAUUCCGCGAAAAGCCCGCGAGAAUUUGGAUAAAAUUUUGGAGGUGAGGAAAAGAAUUUAGUGUCGGAACCCCCCAACAGAAAUCACCGUGCUAUGUAAUUAGCGAGAAAAGGCGCAAUUUUUCAAAAACUUUCAAUUCUUUUUGCAGAGAGCAAAAGCGGCGACUCCGCUGCGUUCGGUGGCCCGUCAAACGCGCAAAUCGGUACUGUUCGGCUCGGCGGCCACGCCCACGAAUUCUCCGGCCGGAAUGAGCACUCGUGGCGCCGCCCGUGCCUCACUCAUCGCCAAAUUCAACGAGAAAUCGCCGGCGACGGAGCAGAAGGAGCUCCAUUUCGAAGAGGAAACCAAGCAGGUCCAGGUCCCUUUGGCCGUCGAAAUGCUGACGCCAACGCGCGAACGCGGAACGAGACGGCGCGGAGCACCGCCCGCUCGCUACCGCGAGGCUUUUGCGAAUGCCGAAAAGAUGAAGGUGAGAAUAUUGAUGAUUUACUGGAAAAAGCCAAAAGAACCCGAAAGUUAGCGGUUUCGGACUUCUUGGACGUGGAUUGAAGAAUUUAGGGUCCAAGUUUCAGACCGAUCGGAUUUCCCGAGAUAUACUGGUUUCCAGAAAAGACCGGGUUUUUGCGAAAAUUUCGGCUUUUUCUCCACAUAUCUCGGGACCGGUGAAUCGGAUCGGUUUGAAACUUGGACCCACUGUACUUCAACGCAAUUCCAAGGAUCCUGCGCGAAGUUUUGGUCCGAUCGGAUUAUUGAUUAAUCAAAAAAUGCAAUUUCUUGCAGCAACCAGUGAUAAAACAAGAGAUUGAAGACGAGGAGUUCGACGCGAUCGAGGGCGGACAGCCGUGUUCGUCAAGCUCGAAACCGACGUCUUCCGUCUCGUUUUUGGCUUCUUCUUCUUCUGCUCUUUCUUCCACUUCCACUCUCACUUCCACUUCUUCCUCUUCUUCCUCGAACCAAAAAUGGACGGAACGGCAGCUGCGUCGCCAAUUGGGACUCACGCGCGAAGACCUGAAUAGGUACGCGUAGGCGGAUCCUCCUACUUCCUCUUCCUCUUCCUCUUCUUCUUCUUCUCCCCUCGAAUCAAAAACACGAAGAAAUUAGCAGAUUAAAUUAGUAGGUUUUUCGAUGAUAAGUGUGUUUAUUACAUGUGCCUCGUAAUAUUUCGGAGAGAUUUUUGAGAGAAAUUGCAUUUUCUUUUCGCUAUUAAUUUUGCUUUUUUUGCAGAUAUCGCGAAGCGAUGCUCUCCACCGGUGAACGAAGCAGAAAUAAUAAAGAGGUGAUUUUUUUGAAAAAUUAGCCGCUCCUGUCCUCGACUUUCGAUCCACUUGUAAUGUUCCGAUCGGACCCGAACUCUGCACACUUCUUGGGCAUGGAUUAAAGUGUAUUGGGCUCAAGUUUCAGCUUGAUCCGAUUAAUUACCGUCGAGAUAUAGUGGUUGAAGGCCGAUUUCGACCAAUGAUCCACAUAUCUCGGGACCAGUUGAUCCGAACGGGCUGAAAUUUGGACCCGGUAUGCUUCAACCCAAGUGCAAGAAGUCUGCAAAGUUUGGUCAAAAUUCCAGACCUUCAAAACUCCAAACAGUUCUAGGCAAAACAACUUAUUGAUUUUUCUUCUCGCUGCAGAUCAACUGGGAAAACGCGCAAGUGAAUCGGGCGGGACGAGUGAAAGGAGCGGGCGCCAGCGAGGACGGCACUCCGAUUUUCGGAAUUCGCCGCAAAAACGUGCGGACGAUGAUUUGCCACGUGCUGCUGAACGACACGAAUCCCGAUACGAAUUUCGACUGGAACAAGGUGAAAUUCGACGAAAUCGGCGAUGAUGUAAGUUUCAAAAACAUUUGUGUGUCUGUGUGUGUGUGUGUGUGUUCUUCUAAAUUUCUCAAAUUUUUGCAGAAACCGCUCACCAGAAACCUGCAAAAAUUGCGUCAAAAUCCCGAAGUGUUCAUGGAGUCGCUCAAACAGAAAUAUAUUGAAAAGAAGACGUCGCCGACGAAGAAAACGCGUUGCACUGACAAUUUGGCGGCUGCGGCCGCGCCGUCCUCUUCCACGGCCACGACGACGAAAAAACGGCGACCGGAAAGUGUUUCGCCCACGAAAUCAUCUUCGUCUUCCUCUUUGAAAUCGCAAAAAUCGACGGAAAAGUUGGACGAGUUUGGAUUCGAAUGCGAAACGGACGAUUAG